ACCGCCGUAAAAAUCAAUUUAGACCUUGGCUAGGUGACCGCUCCGUGCUCGCUCGGCGCUGCUGCGACGCGGCCAGCUCCGCUCUCUCUGGCGAGGCGACGGGAACCACGCUUCUCUGGAGGUGCCGGGCUGCCGACUGCCACCACCGCACCACCAGCGAACCACCACAUAAGCUCGGUGUCGCGAGCCAAGCUCCGGCAGUCGCGAGCGGCCAACUCAUCGAGCGGUUGCUCCAUCGUGGUGCUUGCGACGGUACCGCGCGCGCAAAGGCGCACCACACGCAUUUACAUACAACGUACACGUAUUACAGGCAUACACAAUCACCACGUAUACGCACGGGAGCAUCCGCGCGUACGCACUGCUGGCGCGCGCGACGCGCCGCAUCACGCAGUGGAAGGAACAGCGGUGGAGAAAAGCUCUCGGGCGAGGGAGAAAGAGUGGUACUCGCGCACCAAGUAGCUUCGGGCAUGGCAAGACUCGAGCUCGUGUGCGGAUCGCAGUGCGCACAAGCUUGCGGAGAAUAGUCGAAGCGGACGCCUGAGGGGGAAGAUCGACGUGCGAGCUUCUAGUGCCGGAGCUUGCGGAGACGCGCUACCUUCUCGGGGAAAAUUCCGUCGUGAAGACUCUCGAUCGAAAUCUGGCGGUGCUUCCGAAAUCUGCGAUCGGCGAGUCGCGAGGAACGAACGUGUGGAGCUUGAUAGGUCUGGAUGCGUCGCGGGAGUAGCACGCGCGAUGCUUGCGUAAGCCGUCGCGUGUGUCGGUGAGAUAGCUUCGUGCUUGCUCCCCGGCGAUUGUCAGGGAAGCCACGAGGAAGGAGUCUGGGACCACACAAAGAGAGAGACUGCGUGAGACAAACUUGCGCGAUCAAAGAAGGAAAAAAAAAAAAAAAGAACAGCUCGCGUGUGCUGUCGAAGUGCCCGAUGAACGAAGCUCGCUCGGCGUUUAGUUCGAGUGAAUGACAAACGCCUUUUUUUUGUUCUGACGCGAAGCACGGCGGAGCUUUAAACAAGUACGCCGGAAAGCUGCGGACGCUUUUCUUUCGUUGAUUGUUUGGUGUUUACUCGUAAGCGGUUUUUCCUCUAUUCUAUAAGCAGCUUCGGCAAAGCUUCAUCCCUGCAAAUUUCAACUUUAAAUGUGUACAAGCUUGCGAAUGCCCGGGUAAUAUGCAAAAGCCUUGCAGUAACAAAUGAAAUUCUUCUCAUCUUCAGCCAGCUGGCAUUCACAAGCGAGCAGCGCUUUGAGGAAACAUCUCUGUAUAUAGUGCCCUAAAGAAUAUUUUGUGAAAAGCUCUACGCGUGAACUUUAUCCGCAAGGUACACACAAAGAAAAAAAAAAAAUGUUAAAGAAAACCUUCGAUCUUUUCGCAGUACUAAAUUUAUAAGUGUAUCGUGAUCUUCUUCGAGCCUUUAAAACGAGUUUCUUCUUAACGAGUGUCCUUACAAGAGAAACGUUUUAUCACUCGUUAUGUGAAUCUACAAAGCCUUCUCGGCUCGAUAGGGAAACGUAUCGAGUCUUAUCUACAAGCAAUGUCGUCGACAAUCGCUUUUUUGAGAAGUGCACUACUAUCUAUAUAAGAAUUUAAUGAAAAGAACUUGCAAGCUCGAGAAUGUAGUAUCCUGGUGGAUGUUUGCUGGGGGAGACUCAAGCUCAGGCUCUCGUGGUGGCCGAAAGCGAGCCGAAACAGGUGGAAGAUCUCCGGUGCGAUACCCUGAAGAAUACCUCGAAGAGCUAUCACGCGACUAUCGAUGAUGGUGGAAGGCACGUUGCCAGAAUGCGAUUGGUUGACCCGGCGCGCGUCUCUGCUCCGCUCAUACUUCGCUAGACGCCGGUCGUCACUUCGUUAAGCUCGAUAUUUCCUCGAGGGAUCAAUAAAAAGAAAAGGGAAAGAAAAAAAUCCUUAAGGAAUGGAAGGCGUGAAAUGAGGAAUUUUGGAUCGUAGCUGACGUUAGAUUGCCGACGUCGAUGUCGUCGUCGUCGCAACAUUGGAGAGGCAAAUGUUGCCUGACCAGUUAAUAGGUUUCUUCAGGGUGUCAUUACGACCGAGGACCUUAUAACGAGGAAUGCGGCGAGGUACGACGGGUCUCGGUAAGAGACUAUUUCCAUAUCUGAUUUUUAAAGAGCAAGAGCGACGAUAAGAGGCUCUAAAACAAAUCGAAUUAGUUCUCGGGAGGGAAAGUUUCGUUGAAAAGUGUAACGCGGGACGAGUAGUUAAAUAAUUACGUAGAUAAUACGUAGAUAAGCGAGCCAAAUAGAUGGAAGUAGAGCGGCUGUCGAUUGCGAGAGAGGCGUGUAGCAAAUAGAUCCUGGAUGUAAAAAUUAUGAUUGGAAGAAACGUUAAAAGCUGAAGAGAACUUAAAUUAAAAAUAGAAAUUAGCAACGUGAUUGUUGUUUGGGAAAGAUCUAGGCUAAUAUACAUACUACUGAUUGUGCGGCGGCCUUGAAGAAGCAUGAAUCAAACGAAUAUCAGUUCGAGCUGACCUAAGAAGAACCGAAGCAAGAAAUAGCGUGUUCUAUGCCACAAAUUGAAGGGAGGAAGUCUUUAAGUUCAAAGGAUUUAUCAGAUCUGUGACUGUAAAAGAAAUCUUUGGAAGGCUGCCAAUUGGGUACACAAAAAAUCAUUUCAAGUUUAUUGCAGAGAGGAUAUCUAGAGUAUCAUCGAGAAAAGGUCGACGAACAUUCGAGCGGCGCACGAUGCCGUAAAUUUCAGUUGGUAAAUGCCGAACGGCGAAGAGAUACCUUACGCAAUCUCAAGAGUUUUAUCCCUCGUCGAAACAAGCAUUUAUCGCAGCCGAUCGAUGCGAGUCGAAUCGUCGACGUUAGACUUAUCAUAGAUCUAGAUUUAGAUUGUGCAAAGAGAGGCUAUCGAGGGGUGUCGACUCGGCGAGGCCGGAGUAGAGCGUGCUGCCAACGCUUCAAGUACGCUGGCCCUCCCGCUAAUCCUGAAGGAAGAUUCCACCUUCAAGCAUGGCCUCGGUGGCAGCGUGGCUGCCAUUUGCCCGCGCGGCGGCGAUCGGCUGGGUGCCGAUCGCCACACACCCACUGCCACCGCCGCCGAUCCCGAAAGAUCGGCGCAAGGCUGACGACGAGAAGCUGCUGAUCAACGUGAGUGGCCGUCGCUUCGAGACGUGGCGCAACACCUUGGAAAAAUAUCCGGACACGUUGCUCGGCUCGAACGAGCGCGAAUUCUUCUACGAUGAAGAGUGCAAGGAAUACUUCUUCGAUCGGGACCCGGACAUCUUCCGGCACAUCCUCAACUAUUAUAGAACCGGCAAGUUGCAUUAUCCGAAGCACGAGUGCCUGACGAGCUACGACGAGGAGCUGGCGUUCUUUGGCAUCCUGCCGGACGUGAUCGGCGACUGCUGCUACGAAGACUAUCGGGAUCGCAAGCGCGAGAACGCCGAGCGGCUGAUGGACGACAAGCUGAGCGAAAAUGGCGAUCAGACCCUCCAGCAGUUGCUCGACAUCCGGGAGAAGAUGUGGCGGGCUUUCCAGAAUCCGCACAUCUCCACCGCCGCGCUGGUUUUCUACUAUGUUACCGGGUUCUUCAUCGCCGUGAGCGUGCUGGCGAACGUGGUGGAGACUGUGCCGUGCGGCAAUCGUCCGGGCCGCGCCGGCACCCUCUCGUGCGGCGAGCGCUACAAGAUCGUGUUCUUCUGCCUCGACACCGCGUGCGUGAUGAUCUUCACAGCCGAGUACCUGCUGAGGCUGUUUGCCGCGCCCAGCCGGUGCAAGUUCGCGCGCUCUGUGAUGUCGGUCAUCGACGUGGUCGCGAUACUGCCGUACUACAUUGGACUCGGAAUCACCGACAACGACGACGUGUCGGGCGCGUUCGUGACGCUGCGUGUGUUCCGCGUAUUCCGUAUCUUCAAGUUCUCGCGCCACUCGCAGGGACUACGAAUCCUCGGCUACACCUUGAAAUCCUGCGCGUCCGAGCUGGGUUUCCUCGUGUUCUCGCUUGCGAUGGCGAUCAUCAUCUUCGCCACUGUUAUGUUCUACGCGGAGAAAAACGUCGACGGCACCAACUUCACCUCGAUACCCUCCGCCUUCUGGUACACCAUCGUCACGAUGACUACGCUGGGCUACGGUGACAUGGUUCCGAAAACGAUUGCGGGAAAAAUCGUGGGGGGUGUAUGCUCCCUGAGCGGUGUCCUAGUGAUCGCUUUACCGGUACCUGUUAUCGUCAGUAACUUCAGCAGAAUAUAUCAUCAAAAUCAACGUGCUGACAAACGGAAGGCACAGAGGAAAGCCAGAUUGGCGCGUAUAAGAAUCGCGAAGGCGUCGAGCGGCGCCGCCUUCGUAAGCAAAAAGAAGGCUGCGGAGGCGCGUUUGGCCGCUCAGGAGAGCGGACUGCAGCUGGAGGAGUACUGCAAGGAGGAAGAUAUCUUCGAGUUGCAGCAUCAUCACCUACUUCGUUGCUUGGAGAAGACAACGGAUCGCGAAUUCGUGGAGAUGGAGGUGCCGUACAACGGUGCCCCGAAGAGGCCGGGUUCUCCGUCACCCCUGACCUCCCCCGCGCACAGCACUGCCUCCAGGGGCGGCUUGCUGCAGUCCUGCUGCGGACGCUGCUACCCCCAACGUUACCAGAGUCUGUCCUAUCAACUAACUUCGAACGAGAGCAAGGAUAGAGUGGUGCUCAUAUACGGCGACCGUAUACAGGUGCGGAAAAAGGACCUAAAGAAGCGCGAUUCCCACAUCUGCGACAUGCAGGCCCUACAGCCACUUCCGGCCCCUACCAACACCGCCAACACCGCGCCCGCCAUGACUACUUCCGGUGGGCAGCCACCGCUCCCGGUAUCGGAGACCGUUUGAAUCACGACGAUCACGAGAACCGAUCACGAUCGUCCGCGUGUGCGCGAUGCGCUAGCCACGCAUUACCACACCACCACUCACCUAUAAAACUCACCGCCGUCCUCCUCCACACCUGUGCUCGCUGAACCCGAUGAACGAACCACGGCCGAUCCACGGUCGAAGCAACGUAAUAAAAACAAGUCGUUCGCACCGAUGCCAUGCGAGAUGGAGAUCGUCAUCAGGUUCAACGGCGUCCUAUCCGCGAUUUUACGAGCGGAUUGAUACGCUCCAAUAAGAACGCCGGCGAUCAUUCGUUACUCGGCGGGAUUUGCGGAGAAUCCACGAGGAAGGUCCGGAUGUCCGUGGAUGUCCUUCGUGAUCUUUGCGAUCUAUGCCGCCGCGGAUCGAUUGUCGUCGAGAGGAUCGACACGCGGGACAUCCUCUGUGAUCUUGUCAAAGCUCGCGCGGAUUUCCGAUUUGACAAGAAAGUGUCUCGCGUUAAUCCUCGCUGCUGUCCUCAUUGCAGUCGUUGCGCACUGGAUGGAUUUCUGCGGGAGGAGAAGAGAGAGAGAGAGAGAGAGAGAGAGAGAGCGUCAAGUCUUUUCUGCGAAAUGCUAUUCGUGGCGUUGUCCAAUUAGCUGAAUUAAAGCGCGCCAGCGAUGAGACGAGUUCGCAAAUAGGUGACUCAGGUGUGGCUGAGCGAUUGCGAUUAGGGUCGCGGGAUUUGUCUGUGCGAAAACGAGUCCUUGAGGGUUUCGCACCACGUUACUUCGCGUCAGGCCGUCCUUUAAAUAAUGUUCUUUCGGUGAUCCUUAAACGGAGAGAAGAGAGACGUAUCAUUUACUAUAAUUGUUCAAAUAACAAAAGGGUUUCAUUAAUCACGUCGGAAUGAAAAGUUUCCCUCUCGUGCCAUAACGGCGACGUUACUUCUCACGUAAAGCUCACGGUUCUUGAUACUUAUCUUGUUAAUUAAUACAAUUAUCAAUAUGUAUGAAUAAUGACUGUUAAGCUGGAAUUCAUAUUUAGAUGCAAUUAUUAUCUUAAUGCAAUUAUUUGAUUCUCUUCUUGUCUUUAUAUUGAAUACGAUCUUUGUAUUGUACGAUUUGCGAUUAGGCAUUUAGCGAUAAAUGAGGGAAAAGUAUUAAGCAUCCAUUCAAGGGUUACAUUACUCCAGAAAAGCGCGCUUAAAAAAAUAAAAUUCUAUGCUAAUCAAGAUUAUUAUAGAAUUUUGUGACCGAGAGGCGCUCUUAAAGAAUGAAACUCUGAAGUGCCUAUCCAGUCUUAGCAAAUUAUAUAUAAAUUUAAUUGUUUUUUAAUAUGAAUUAUAUAUGUAUAUAUUAUAUGUACUAAUCAUUAAUGUGAAGUUAAAUGAAUCUGAUACUUUUUAAUAUAUUGUUUCAAACGUUUCUAUAAUCUCAAGUAAUCUUAAAUAAAAUUAUAUAUGCGCAAUAAAAUGUUUAUUGCACACAUCAUGCAUCUAUAUUUCUAUCUCGCUAUUUACUAUUUCUGGGCAUUGUUUAUUAACACACACACGCACACACACAUACAAUAAUAUUAUAAUAUUUUUAAAUAUUUUUAUAAAAAAUAUAA